UCCUAUUGUUCCUCCCUCCUCAUCCCCCACGUCGAGUCCACCGUACGAAACGACAAAGAAAGAGGCCGCCUUCUCGGUCUCCUACCUCCGAUUUCUCUCUACUUUCUUGCUCUAGCCAUGGACGUUAUAUAGUUCUUGCCUGAGAGGGAGCUCGGGGCAAAAUUCUUGCUCUUUGUUCCCUCUCCUUUGCUGUUUCCUAUAGAAGGAGAAGGAGAGAGAUGGUGUUGUCGGUAUUGAAUGGACUCCUCGCCGGGCUGGCGAUCGCGGUUCUGGUCUUUAUUCCGUCAGCGGCGUGGAAUGAUGGGUCUCAGCUAACGAUGCAGCUAGAAAGGGGGAUGCCAGCGAGGGCCCCAGUGGAGGUGCUAAGGGCGCGGGACCGCUUCCGGCAUCGGAGAAUACUUCAGGGUGCAGCUCCAUCGAGUUACGGCGUGGUAGAUUUCCCUGUCGAGGGGUCGUGGAAUCCCUUCACCGUAGGGCUAUACUUUACCCGUGUGAAACUGGGCAAUCCUGCAAAGGAGUUUUAUGUUCAGAUUGAUACUGGAAGCGAUAUCCUCUGGGUGACUUGCAAUCCCUGUAAUGGUUGCCCUACCAGCAGUGGGCUAAAUAUCAAGUUGGAGUCUUUUGAGCCAGACAAGUCCUCUACAUCUUCAUCCAUCUCAUGCUCAGAUCAAAGAUGUACAUCAGCCAUCCAAACUGGAGAGGCAACUUGUUCCUCAUCAGAUUCUUCAAGUUCACCUUGUUCUUACUCUUUCCAGUAUGGUGAUGGAAGUGGCACAUCUGGUUACUAUGUGUCUGACACAUUAUAUUUUGACACAGUUACUGAGAAUGAACAAACUUUGAACUCUUCAGCUACCAUUAUAUUUGGAUGUAGCAAUUCACAGUCGGGAGAUUUAACCAAAUCUGAUCGAGCAAUUGAUGGGAUAUUUGGAUUUGGACAACAUGAAUUGUCUGUUAUCUCACAGUUGUCAUCUGCAGGAGUUGCUCCUAAAGUGUUUUCUCAUUGCUUAAAAGGUUCAGAUAGCGGUGGGGGGAUACUGGUUCUCGGAGAGAUUGUUGAACCUGGUAUUGUCUAUACCCCACUUGUUCAAUCAAAGCCUCACUACAACUUAAAUCUUGAAAGCAUUGCUGUCAAUGGGCAAACACUAUCUGUUGAUUCAUCAGUGUUUACAACAUCAAAUACACAAGGAACAAUUGUUGAUUCUGGCACCACCUUGGCUUAUCUAGCAGAAAAAGCGUAUGAUCCCUUUGUUAAUGCAAUUAUUGCUUCAGCUUCAUCAAACCUAGUAAGUUCAUUUGUUGCUAAAGGAAACCAGUGCUUUGUCACAGCAAACAGAAUUGAUGACGUGUUUCCACCAGUUUCCCUCAAUUUUAUGGGAAAUGCAUCUAUGAUAUUGAAGCCGGAUGACUACCUUAUUCAGCAGGGUUCUGCUGGUAAUGGUAUCAUAUGGUGUAUUGGCUGGCAGAAGAAUGAUGGUCAAGGGAUAACCAUAUUAGGAGAUAUCGUUCUUAAAGAUAAGAUAGUUGUUUAUGACUUGGCUAACCAAAGAAUUGGAUGGACAAGCUAUGACUGUUCUCAGUCUGUUAAUGUUUCGACGAGUUCCGGUAAGAAUGAGUAUCUCAAUUCAAAUCAGCUUGACACUUCAGCAUCCAAUAAAUACCCAAAACUGCGUCUUCCAAGCGCUGUGGCUAUUGUUGUGCAUAUCUUGGUAGCUACAGCGUUGUUAUUGUAGGAAAUAAUUUGAAGACGUGGCAUGCAGCUGUGCUCCGUUUUGAUUAAACAGAUUUCAGCAGCUGCUUGCUUCUCAUCCAUCAUAUUUAUGCCUUUUUUUAGGGCGCUGUUGUUGUAAAUUAGUUUUUCUUAUCAUUCUUGAUGGUCAUACCUCGCAUGUAUGCAUUUUUGUUCUUAUUUUUCCAUUUUAACUUACAGUUGAUCAUCGUUGUAAUUCAUAUAGAACUUAUAUGGUUGAGGGUACGGUCAUUAAAUGCCACACACACAUAUAUAUAGAAUACGCAGGGACAGCAAAAAUAUUGUUACUAUAGUGGAGAAGUUGAUUGAUUGAUUAUUGAGGAGCAGAAUUAGUUCUAACUCUUCAUUUUAAAGAAAA